UACUCUAUAAAUAACAAUGACCAGGUCUUCAUACAGCACCCAUCUUGAAGAAAAAUUUGCUGCUUCUUCUUUAACUAACAAGUACUUAUAACUUCCUCAAUGGCUGCUCAUAACCAAGUCCAAAUCACCAUUCCUAAAGACCAUAAUGACCAAAAGCAAACCCCUGAGGGGGAUUUUGACUACUCUCAAAGAGCACAAUGGGUUCGUGCCGCUGUUUUAGGUGCCAAUGAUGGAUUAGUCUCAAUUGCAUCCUUGAUGAUGGGUGUUGGAGCUGUCCAAAAAGAUGUAAAGGCCAUGAUACUUACUGGAUUUGCAGGCCUAUUUGCCGGUGCUUGUAGCAUGGCCAUAGGAGAGUUUGUCUCUGUAUACUCUCAACUAGACAUAGAGCGAGCUCAAAUAAAGAGAGAUAAAGAGACAGGAGGACAAAACCAAGAAGAUGACGAAGGUAACAAGGAACAACUGCCAAGUCCAUUUCAGGCAGCUGUAGCCUCGGCUAUUGCAUUUUCAUUGGGUGCCAUUGUGCCAAUUCUUGCUUCUGCAUUUAUAGCAAGCCAUAGGGUGAGGCUGGCUGUGAUUGUGGCUGCAGUGAGCUUAGCAUUGUUUGCAUUUGGAGGAAUUGGUGCUUUCUUGGGCAAAAGUCCUAUAGUGAAAUCUUGCGCCAGAGUUUUAAUUGGUGGCUGGAUGGCUAUGGCCAUUACCUUUGGGCUCACCAAACUGAUUAGCUCUACUACUGGCAUGGAGUUUUGACUAUCCUUUUUCCUUUUCCUAGUUCAGAAUAAUCUGCUUAAGAAGUCAAUGAUGCAUCAUGCAUGUCCAAUUAAAUCUCCUUUUCUGUAAUGAUUCUGGGAGUCACUCAAAAAAUGGUAUUGAAGUGUUGUCUAAAAAUAUAUCCAUUUUACUACUGAAAAAUACUAGCUAUAACAAAUAACUUUCUACUUAGUUAUGAUAUGCUAGACAUCAUCAACUGCUGAUAUCUAAAAUUUCAUCAAAAUGCUGAUUAAUAAACAAGAACAACGCCUCAAUUACAAAUAAUGUUGCGGUAAGGCUAUAUCAGAUCUUCUAAAAACAUUUUCUCUAUUCAGACCCGAGUUCCCGAUGAACCAUUAAUAAGAGGACUCAACUUGACUAAUUGUCAAUAACUAAAGGCAGCCUUUCUUUUCCUGGGCUUAAGAUUGACACCUUUAUCAUAUUAAUUCACGACAAUUAAGAGAACAAACGGAAGGAUAAUCAGCCUUGGCCAAUUUCAAGACUGUUCACAACAGAAAAUUGAAGGUAAAAGCUUGUUAGUUUUCCACAUAAAUCAACCUUGAGAUAAAUAAUAUG